AUGGCCUCCCUGUUGGUCCAGCGUAUCUACCGUGUGGUCCGUUUGGGUGAGGGGCAAAAUCGUCUUUUUGAUGUCCUUUGUGGAUACUGUUCCGUCGUUUUGAUAAACCUUGCCUCGAGAAAGUGGAUCAGUUCAGUACAGCUAGGGGCGAGGGGCGAUUUGUUCGUAAACCCUACUCUCAGGUUUUGGGUUCCACUGAUUGUUCCUGGUAAGCACUUCUACAACUGCUAUCGCAUCUGCCUAGGUGAAUAUUGCAGCGUGGAGAAGGAGGAGAAGGACAGAGGGACAAUACCCACCACCCCCCGCUCACAAGCGGAUCAAGAACCGAGAAUAACCUGUUCCCUCGGUUUCGCCCCCCGGCUGCCCGACCAACGUGUUUUUGUGAACCAGGUCCUUUUCGCCUGCAUGACUUGGCUCAGCACCAGUCGACUCGACCGGGGUCUUCUUCAGGACACGCCGCCGGGACUAACCAACAUGGAAAUGGCCCAGCUCAUGGCCCGAGCCUGGCCCCAACUCUUCCUGACGGGACUGGUGGAACAGUUGUACAGCACUGCUGUGAAAACCAGCCUGACUGUGACCGAAGAGGAGCUAAGACGCCGUCUGCAGGACCUAAGUACGGAAGUCGUUAACUCAUUGAGGCAGACGUCAUUACAAUGCGUCCUGCCACCUGACAUCCUUGGUAAGAAUUAAAAAUUCCCUUAAUUCUACUACGCAGACUACUGCUACUAUUAAUAGUAGUGAUAACAGCGGGAAAGAUUCCUAUAUUAUCACCGAAAAAGGGUUUCUAAUCCCUGGGCAGUCUUAAAGACAUGUCAGGAAUUUUUGUCGCCCGCUUCUAGCCACUUCGCUUCUUCGGAUCCACCAUAAGCAGAGCGUGGUUCAACAACCAGCUAUCGCCCUCCACUGAUUUUGGAAGAGAGAGGUUAGUGGAGUGUUGACCGUCUAGGGUCCACGCAAACUAGUUGGCCCAUAUUCGCAGAAGUUAAUCUCGAGGAUGCACAAAUUGUUUUCUAGGAAAAGUGAAGUGCUUACCGGGCCAAGGGCAUUGGAUUGCCGACGUUUCGGGGAGUUUAGCCAGCACUCCAUUAUCAAAGCGUUUAGUGCAAAAAUCGACCAGAAUUUUGAAUAGACAGCCGAAUUAGUUGGCCUUGGGCUGAUUAAUUUGUUUCUCCUAUCGCUGCCCUGGCCCUCCGACCGUCGUUUGGGAAUGUUGGUGCCUCCGGUGUUGUGUGUCGUCACCUCAACUGGGGUCGGUUGCAUUUGAGCUCCCCUUUUGGUUGAACUAGUCGACGGGCCGUGUUUACUCGGUAUUCUUAACCUCUGUGUGGCCGUCUUGUCCUGGACAGGGCGUAUGCAGUGACGUAGGACUUUGUAGGCCGGAGGAGGGUCUAGAUGCCUGUUGAUUGAGUUGGCGUCUGAGUGCCAAGCAUCAAGUGUGAGACUUUCUGUCCUUGCCGUGUCCCGGCCUAAGACGCUGCUCCUUGAAGGUCAAAACUAUGGUCAGUUUCGUAAGCUGUGAGACUCCGAGUUAUCAGUUUGUGCUCCUGAAGGCAGGUCUGCAGAUUCCGUCCGGUUUCCCCAACGUAGUUACAGUCUCCAUCGUCAAAACGUAUUUGACAGAGGUGACAGUUUGUCCUCGGGUUGCAUUAAACGGCCACGAACUGUGGUCUGGUUAGGUGACUGCCUAAAAUGAGCGUCAGAAAUGGAUCCAUGGAUAUUUUUUGAAAUAUCUACGACUGAGCACUGUCCGUGGGCGCUGUGUUAUAUUUCCCAGGAACUUAGCUAUUCUUAAAGUGAAGUUUAAUUACCAUGGCACAUUUUGUGGCUAGUUGGACCCACAGCGAGUAGAUGUUUUUGCUAGGGAACAGAAAAAGUGCACAGAUUUCAGCUAUUAUCUGUAUUGGAAAUGUGGGGAAGUAAGUUCUGUAUAUAUAAGACAUUAUUUUUUUUUAACGAAGUCGUGUUGAAAGCGAUUAUACUCCAGAACCUCAAGCAUAGAUGGAGACCCAACAUUUCAACUUGCCAACAAUCGAAGCCAGUUGUUACCUAAAACAGACUUAGAGAAAUUAUGGUGACCACUCACUCUGGUGUCUUCUGUUUUAUUCCUUGUUUUGAGGCAUCAUCACUAAUCCUGUUUUAUUAUCUAGCUGAAUGCACAAAGACUAAGCUACUGCUUAUUAAAACAUGAAUGGUUCUAUAGAGCCCAGUUGAAGCAUACAUAUGGGUCGAAGACAACCGACUACUGUGGAAUAACCACUUAACGCCCACUCUAAAAACAAAUAGUACUACGAGUAGUAUGAAAUAUAACGUAUUACGUGGUUAUCUCACAGUAGUCAAUUGUCUUCGACUCAAAUGUUCACUUGAUAAAUAUAUUUGCUUAACAAAAUGUCCCCGAAUGUUCUCCACCUACCACAUUUAAGUCUUUUAAAUGAGAUUUUUCUGGAAGUAACUUUCAUUCCUCUCCUGCUACAGAAGAGACAAUAGACCGGAUCGAGAGAGUGGUCAGACAGCUGGUGGACGUUCUUCCUACCCCAGAGGAAUUUAUACUGCUCAAACAGGGAGCUAUUGUUCAGCUUUACAGUAUGGGAGACAUUACCACUAAUGAAACUGGUAAGUAUACGUCUCGGCCUUUCAUAUACAUGACCAUACUAGUUCGUCCGUGGACUUCAAAAGAAUCACUAUCUGUCUGAUGAAACAGCAGUGGUUUGCGCGCUAUUUAGGCAAGAAUAAUAGUGGCUUAUCUAGCGCUUGAUUCUCUCAUUCUUCCCCACCUCAACUUGUGUACCAGAGGCAAGAUUGAGUCAAGUGAAAUGGAGCUGAGAUUAGGCUUGCUGGCAGAUCUACCAUUUCAUAUAUGUGUUUGGCUCCGUCUGAUUCUGCCGCAAUAGAACAGGUCUGGUAACAAACCCCGCAUGUUUUUGUCAUUGCAAAGCGUAUUUGAGGGGAAUUCGAGUCCUCAGUGGGUCCUCAAGCUAGUCUCUGAUUUUCAACCCACUUUUACUUCCAUCUUUGAAACAGUUAAUGGCCUUUUAGAUAUCAUAGUAGAUGUGCUAAGUCAUAAAAUGUUACCCGAAGUUCUGGAAUGCGUUUUCAACUCAAAAAUUUGACUUAAGCAGGGUUGUUAAAUUACGCAGCAUGCAGCGUAAUCUCAAGAUGUUUCCGUUACUUCGAACCGUUACUUUUGAACGAACUUACUUUCGGCCGUCGUAAAAAACUGCACUCCAUAACAAUGACCACUUAAUAAGCAGGCAUUUUCUCAUUGAUUUUCAAUACCCCUAUAAGUUCAAAUCCAUUUCGUAGAAAAAAUGCAUAGAAUAUAUAUUUUUUUCACUCAUUUGACAGAACAUUAUUCCUUUUUUAAAAUUUUCACCCUAGGAAGGGUAUAAUUCAGGUUUAGGAAACUGUCCAAUUCCCGAAUAAGUUUGAACCCCACCAACCGUUGCAGUUGCAUCCGGGGUUUCCAGACCACAAGCUUUGUAUUUUCCGUGCACGGAAAAUCAUACACUUCUAUAUGAUUUAAGAGGAAACCAUAUGGGGUUCAUAAGAUUUAGUGACAAAUGAGUCAUACUGUGGACUUUACGAGUAACGUCAGUAAAUUCAAAAACACGAUGUUUUAUGAACUUAUGAAUUCGAAACUUUUUUAACACCGAAGUGUGCCUUCCCUCCAAGUACAAAAUUCGAAGCUUAUUUUCCAUGAAAUGGAUUUGAACCCAUAGGAACAUAGAAAAUCAAUGAGAAAAGUUCAUGCCACUUGAGUAGUCAUUUGUUGCGAAGAAACCUUUUGCAGGCGACCGGAAGGAAGUUCACUCAGAAGUUGGCAUCCUGAUGUCACAGACUCAUCAUGUAAUUAGGCUGCAUUGUGAGUAAUUUUGCAACCGCACUUAAGUCAUCUUUCCAAGCCGAGAACGCAUUUCAGAAUUUCGAUUAACAUUUAAUGAGUUAGCACAUAUGCUGUAUGCUGGGUUCCCAGUGCAAACCCCUGUCAUAUAUAUAUAUUUAUCAGUGUAUGUGCAGUACCACAUAACCGACAAAGAUAAGGGAGGUUGAAAUGGCUUAUUAGCUGUCGUCAGUCAGCCACAUCCAAUCCCUGAGGCUCGAUCCUGUGAACUGUUGGUUAGAAGUCCGACGAUUGCAAAAUCUGCAGUUGGCUGUACCUGGCUGAUGACAGCGAAUAAACUGGAAAUGGCUAUCUCAAUCUCCCUUACAUUGGUCGGUUAUGUCAUGCCGUAUAAAUUACUAGCCACUGUGCUGCGGCUGGCAGUGUUCGAGAUUGAAUCGCAAGGCGCAUCGGGACGAAUGUGUCCCGUAAGCUGAUUGGUGCGUUCCCAUCUACCAUAGUUAUUGUAUAUACAAUAGAUGUUAAUCGAAAUUCUGAAGUGCGUUUUCUACUUGAAAAGAUGACUUAAGUAGGGUUAUAACAUUAACCAAUUUGUAGCAUAAUACCAUUAUAAUUCAGCUACUCCAGGAUGCCGACGUUUAAACGAGCCUCUUCUCGGCCGCCCGCAAAAAUAACACUCUGGAAAAGUGGGCUGCUUAAUUAGCUUGGAAUUUUCUCAUUGAUUCUCAAUGUACUUAUAAAUUCGAAUAUAUUUCAAAGAAAAAAAAUGUAUGAAAUGCUCAUUCUUUUACUCAAUUGGUGGAAACUUACGUCUUAUUCAAAUUUGAUGCAAGCAUUACGCUUUCAGCUUACAGAAAAUCAUACGUUUCUCUACGGUAUUAAAAGAUGAUCGUGUAGGGGUUCAUAAAUCUAUCGGUAAACUUGAACCAUAUCGUAGACUUUACAGGCGAUAUUAGUAAAUACAGAGACACGAUGUUUUAUGGACGAGGACUUCAUGAUCUUAAAAAUCUCAUAAUAAAUGACUGCUAUACACCCUACUAUAUCCUUCUUCAUGUAUAAAAUUUGAUUAAGCCGUAACUUUCCAUUAAAUGAGUAAAAAAUGUAUACGGUAUGCAUGCUUUCUUUGAAAUAUAUUUAAGUUUAUGUGUACAUUGAAAAUAAAUGAGAAAAUUUCAUGCUACAUAAGUAGUCCCCUAUUACAGAGUAUAAUUUUUGCAGGCGGCCGAGAAGAAGUUCCUUCAAUAGCCGGCGUCCUGGAAUAGGUGAAUUGUAAUAAGAUUAUGCUCCAAAUUGGUUAAUAUUACAACUAUAAUUAAGUCAUCUUUCCAAGUCGAAAACGCAUUUCAGAACCUCGGUUAACAUUUCAUGAGUUACCACAUCCAUAUAUGAAGUCCAACAGAAUCUUUGGGAAAAAAUAAAGAAAUAUUGUUAAGUAACUUUUCAACACUGGUUCCCUAGGUCCUCAUUAGCCUAGAGUAAGUGUGCUUAACUCAAUUAAGAAUUCAGACGUGCUGAAAUAUCAAUAUUUAUUUGGUGUUUGCGCCAGUAAGUGGUUGCCGUGUGUGUCAUUCCGUAUUCAUUGGCCCUCGUCUCUUCCACUUUUCUCUGAGAUUUCUGUGAAUGGCAUCAAUACAAAACCCACCGACAUGCUUAAAUUGGUCAAUAUGUCUUCUACUUUUAGACCCAGAUAAGCUCAGAGGCUGGUGUCAACAGGCACGUAAGCGUGUUCUCCAGGAGGCAGACAAGUUGGAACGGAAGCUGCUUCUUCUCCAGUUCUGUAGACAUAUUUGGCUGGUUACUCAGACUUCCGGCACCCAGGCCCUUUUCGAAACUAUCUUUAAGGGAACCUUUCACUGUGUUGGCGAAGAACUGCAGCGUCUUAUUGCUCAGAUGACCUUCGUUGCCAUGGAGGCAGCCCAGUACACUCUCCGAGGCUGA